AUGUCCAAUUCUAGCGACUCCAGUCCAGGAAACUGGAUUACCGGCAGUUACACCGGGAAUAGUGAUGGGGUGAAAAUCACGAUCGCGACCUUUGUUAGUGUCGCGUGGUAUAAUGUCCUCGAACUGAUUGUCCUCAUCUUCCUCACCUUUAAACGCUAUGAAGGCCCGUAUUUCUGGAGUAUGUUCAUCGCCAGCGUGGGAAUCCUGCCUUACUCCAUCGGCUAUUUGAUCAAAUUCUUCGAUCUCACCUCGGCAACCUGGGUUCCCGUCACCCUCUUGACCAUCGGCUGGUGGACGAUGGUCACCGGCCAGUCCUUUGUACUGUAUUCCCGACUCCAUCUGGUCAUUCAGAAUACGCGCGUUCUGCGCUACGUGCGCACGAUGAUCAUCACCAAUAUCUUCCUGCUGCACGUGCCCACCACCGUGCUCACCUACGCAGCCAAUUUCUCCAACUCCCCCACCUCCGUCGCCGGUUACGAUGUCAUGGAGAAAUUGCAAUUGACAGGCUUCUGCGUCCAGGAAGUCAUCAUCUCAGGCUUGUACAUGUGGGAGACGAAUCGAAUGUUGCGCCUGAAUCAAGAUCACGUCAGUCGCAAGACAAUCAUGCAACUCCUCGCUGUCAACGUCUCUUGUAUCCUGAUGGAUAUUGCUUUGAUGAUCAUCGAGUUCAUGAACUUCUAUAUCUACCAGACAACCCUCAAAGCAACACUGUACAGCAUCAAGCUGAAACUCGAAAUCGCUGUCCUGGGUAAGCUGGUCAACAUUGCUCACCAGCACAUGUGGAGAACCUCUUCUUUCAACCCUUCUGGAAACCAUUAUCCUUCUUUCGUCGACCCGACCCGUGCACUGCACGACUUCAACCAUGCAGAUUCGCUAGCGACCAGCUCAAAUUCGAAGGGAAGGACCUCUGGGACUGAAGCGUUGGGAUCGGGCGAGCCUGCGCCUUGA